UGGUGAGAGGAGAUAGUAUCACAGCAGUUUUAGCUGUCUUUUUACUUUCCAGAUUUCAUGUUUGAUUCGCUUUUCUUUUUUUUUUCAUCACGCAAAACUCUGCAAUGCUGAAAGGGGCUUUAAAGUUUGGAGUUCAAAGUAUGAAAAUGUAUUAACUCAAUGUUUUUGUGUUUUUUGGUAAUAAUUUUGUAGGACUGGGAGGUUCUUCCACUCUGUUUUGGAGGCAGCCCUGUUUUACAAGAGCAAGCACUGAUGAAAACAGCACAAGAACUGCAGAUUUUUAUCCCAGAUGAGAUUUUAUGAGGAGCAGUGGCGACUCAUUUUCAGUCAUAUCAGUAAAAAUGCUGCAUCUCUAUACCUCACACCACCUGGUGUUGUUAGUAGCUUUGUGGAGCCUCAGCUGCACAGGUUUGAUCAAAGCCUGGCCAGGCACUCCUGGAAGUAAGCCUGGUUUGGACCCUAAUGUGAGAGACUGGGGAGAUUAUUCAGAUCUCCCUGCUGGAGUGGAAUAUGGACUUGGUCUGGAAGAGGACAGAGAACAUGAAGACAACAGAGGAUCAUCCAACUUGGCUCCUGAGCUGGAUUUCCUGGCUGACUUUGCAGGUAAGAAGCGGCUGUGGGUGAUAACCGCUUCGUCACAUAAUGAUAACUACCUACGGAUGAUGGAAAAGCAGCUUGAAGACAUGUAUCAGAAAGGGCUGAACUGCCGUUUGGCAGAAAGAGACACUUUCAUCAUAACCGUCAUCCAGAAUGCCAUGAUGGAGGGUCGCAUCCAGAAAACAACUUUUCAAGGAGAUGCAACAGUGGAGAACCUGGAUCCUGAAACAGUUACCAAACUGCUUCAUUACCUGGAGCUAUCCAGUCAAGAGCAAACCUUCACCAUGCUGAUCAUGAAGAAGAACCUCCAGGUCAGUGACCGCUUUCCUUAUCCCGUCCGUGUUGAGGCAAUUUUGGAGCUCAUUGAUCAGUUUCCAUUGAGGAAACUGGAGAAGAUGACCAGAAAAGGAUCAACCCUAAGAUGUAAAACCACAAAAAAGAAGGUUGUAGUGAAAAGAAAAAAGAUGAUGAAGAAGACGGUGCUGACCCCUCAGAGGGCAAGAAAUCUGACCGUGGCUUCACAAAGGCAACCAUUGGACAAAAAAGCUGCACUGAUGAGUAAGAUCCAGGACAUACUGAAUGGCAGGUCGAGGUUUGUGAUUCGUAAGAAACCUCCUGGAUCCGCAAAAGGAAAGGCAUCAAACGGUAAUGACUGGGAAACCUCUAAAGUGUCCAGUGGAGUCCAGUCAGUUUCAAAAAGUGAUGAGAAAGUGGAGAAAAACAGGCCUCCCUCCCCUACAGACGAAGGAAAGAAAAGAGCUGGAGGACAAAACAGCAAAAAUAAAGAAAAAACUAAUAUAAAUGCUGACACAGAGAAUAAAGAAAAGGCUAAGAAAAAGGGCAAACGGAAUAAAGGGAAGAAUGGGAAAGGAAAAAAAACUAACAGAGAAGUUAGUGAAGAGGAUAAAACAGCUCUGGGGACAUUUUUAGAGAGUAUUAGAGGGUCUAGAAGGUUGAUGCUGAUCUCGACGCCCAGCAGAGAUGCAGCUCUGUACAUUCAGCAGACUGAGGAGAACAAGAAGCAACACUGUGAACUCGCCAUCAGGAAGAUAACUGUGGUGACCACUAUAGGAGAAGGAAGUGACGCCACAAUCUCUGUGCAGCACCAGCAGCUCGAGACUGAGCGUCCUCUCAAUCCUCAAUCAGAGCAAGUCUUUGACUUCCGUCUGAUCCCUCUGUUAAGAGCAGAGCUCGGCCUGUCCUCCUCUGACCUCUUCUCAAUGACAGUCACAGAUUACGACAUCAAGCCCAAAAGAGUUUUUGAGGCUCCUCCAUCAAGCCAAGCUCUGUUCGAGUACGUCGACAACUUUCCUUCCAGGAACUCAGAGAAAGAGAAAGAAAGAAAACGCCCUCCUGUGUGCUCGAAAGAUAAAGUAGCACCUGUGGUUGAGAACUCACUGCUCAGGUUUAUGUCAAAGCGGAGGCUGCUGCUGAUUUCUGCUCCCUCAGAGGAUGACUACUCUUUCCAGCAGCAGAUUUCUGCUCUCAGUGGCCAGGAAUGUCAGCUGGGAAUCCGUCAUUUUGCCCUGUUAAAGUUAACCGGAAAUGGACAAAAAGCUUCGGGAACUGUUGAGCUAUUUCCCAUAAAUGGUCGCAGUCAGAGCGAAGUCGAACCACUAUCUCGUGAUGUGGUCAACAACCUGAAAGAGCAGCUGGAAAUCAGUAAGGAUUACUUUAGCAUGCUGGUUGUGGGGAAGGAUGGUGAUGUCAAGGCAUGGUUCCCAUCACCCAUGUGGUCCCUGGACAACAUCUAUGACCUGGUGGACUCUAUGGAGCUUCGUAUCCAGGAGGCAAACCUCCAGAUGAGCGUGGGGAUCCUGUGCCCCGAGGACGUAGGAAGAGGAGGCAGCGAAGCAGGACAUUAUCCUGGAUAUGAUGAAGACGGGGCUGAGGGGACAUACUUCUAUCACCAAUCAGAGGACUAAUGAGAUCAUAUUGAACCUAUGAACACAAACAUCUUCAGGGCUCAUGAAAAGCAUCAUAUGUAUCCCAAGCAGAUUAUGAUGGAAACAAUGCUUAGUCUUAGAUGAAUAGAUGAGGAUUCAUGCUAAAAAGACCAUCUGGUCCACACACUAUUUAGUCCCAUAUCCUGAGAAAAUGUCUGAUCUAAAGAGACUGUUAACCUACUCAAACGACUAAUGAGUUUUUAACCUACAAUUGCAAGCAAACCUAAUCAGGACUUUUUAAAUGCAUCUUAUAAAACCAUGAUAAAUUAAGAUGGAUCCAACAGCAAGAUACCAGGUAAUUAUAUAUAAGAAAUGAAAAAAUAAAGACUUAAGACAAAAAAAAACAAAAAA